GAAAAAAAUGGAUACUGAAAAACGAUGCAAAUGUGUUGCUGUUGGUGAUGGUGCUGUUGGAAAGACUUGUUUAUUAAUUAGAUAUGCCAAAGGCGAAUUUCCAGCCAAAUAUGUUCCUACAAUUUUUGAAAAUUAUGAUUCGAGUGUUGAGUAUAAACCAAGACAAUAUGUGACUCUUUCUCUUUGGGAUACUGCUGGUCAAGAGGGUUAUGAGAAUUUGAGACCUCUAUCUUAUCCUAAUUCAGAUGUGAUUUUAAUUUGUUUUUCAGUUGUGUCUCCAGAUUCCUACGACAACGUCAAAACUGUUUGGUAUCCUGAAAUUAAGAAACAUGUUCCAAAAACACCAAUUGUUAUUUGUGGAUUAAAAACAGAUUUGAGAAAUGAUGAAGAAACUUUGAGUAAACUCAAAAAGGAAGGACAAGUGCCAACAACAAAGGAAGAUGGAGAAAAGCUGGCAAAGGAACUUAAAGCUGCUGCCUAUUUGGAAUGCUCUGCCUAUACUGCUGAUAAUUUACAAAAUGUUCUCCAAACAGCAAUUCUUGUUGGAUUGAAUGAGUAUAAACCAGCGUCAUCCAGUUCGCAAAGUAGCAGUGGAGGAGGUUGUAUUAUUGCUUAAUGGACUAAUCAUAAUUAAGAUUCAUGGUUUUAUUAGCAUUGUAAAAUAUUUCACUUAUGUACAUAAAAUAAUUUAUUUUUG